CGCAGUACACAGAAGGCCUUGGAAACAUCAGAGCAGGUUAAAAAUGGCAAGGAAUUUGCCUGCGGGAAUCUCGAACACAACACAGCAGUUUUGCUGUCUCUGUCCAGAUAUUUAAGAAGUGGUGCAAGGGAUUCAGCCGAUCAUCCUUCCUGCUCAGGCUGUGGGGAGGGAUUCACUCGAUCAUCCUUCCUGCUCAGGCUGUGGGGAGGGAUUCACUUGAUCAUCCUUCCUGCUCAGACUGUGGGGAGGGAUUCACUCGGUCAUCUGAACGACUGGCACACCGAUCAUUUUAAACAGGUGAGGAACCCAUUCAUCUGCUCAGACAGUGGGAAUGGAUACAGAUGGUCAUUUCAUCUGAAGGGACAUCACCAAGUUCACACUGGGACAAGGCCAUUCACCUAUUCUGUGUGUGAGAAGGGAUUCAGUCAGUCAUCCCACCUGUGGACACACCAGUCAGUUCACACUGGGCAGAGGCUGGUCAUCUGAGGAAUUUGGGGAAGGAUUCACUCGGUCAUCUGACCUAAUGGUUCACUAGCAAAUUCACUCCGGGGAGCGGCCAUUCACCUGCUCAGACUGUCGGAAGGGAUUCACUUGGUCAUCCACCCAAAUGGCUCACCAACGAGUUCACACCGGGCAGUGGCGGUUCACCUGCUCAGACUGUGGGAAGGGAUUCACUUGGUCAUACCAACUGAAGGUGCAUCAGAGAGUUCACACUGGAGAGAGACCAUUCACCUGCUCAGACUGUGGGGAGGGAUUCACUCAGUCAUACACCCUAAUGGCUCACCAGCGAGUUCACACCGGGGAGCAGCCGUUCACCUGUUCGGACUGUGGGAAGGGAUUCACUUGCUCAUCUAAACUGAAGCUACAUCAGAGAGUUCACACUGGAGAGAGGCCAUUCACCUGCUUAGACUGUGGGAAGGGAUUCAUCACAUCAUCUGAACUGAAGGUACAUCGGAGAGUUCACACUGGGGAACGGCCAUUCAUCUGCUCAGAAUGUGGGAAGGGAUUCACUCAGUCAUGUCAUCUGAAGGCACAUCAGCUAGUUCACACCAGAGAGAGGCCAUUCACCUGCUCAGAGUGUGGGAAGGGAUUCACUGGGUCACCCCAACUACAAGCACACCAGUCAGUUCACACUGGAGAGAGGCCAUUCACCUGCUCAGACUGUGGGAAGGGAUUCACUGGGUCAUCCCAACUACAAGCACACCAGUCAGUUCACACUGGGGAGAGGCCAUUCUCCUGCUCAGUCUGCGGGAAGGAUUCAGUCAGUCAUCUAAUCUGAAGGUACAUCGGUGAGUUCACACUGGGGAGAAGCCAUUCACCGUCUGAAGCCUGAAUUUUACCUCUGCAUAGACGCUACUUGUGUGUUCUUGUGCCUGUGUCACUCGGCCAAAAUGCUAGUUGGCGUUGGGGUUCUAUGGUACUGUGUUGCAUUGACUCGUGCUGAGUUGGGAACGAUGGCGACUGCUGACUACAUCUUGUUGGAGUUCGAGCUAAUCGAUGUUGAACAAGAGUUACUUUUAUUGAAAUUACUGCAGCGCAGGAAAGAGAAGUUUUUACAUUACGUUGUGCAGUCCACAAUGUCCAAACCGAUGUUUGUGAAAAUUUCUUUGCACGAAGUUGAUGCCAUUUUCAAGUGUUUAUUCUCUGCCGUUGAAGAGUCAUGCAAAUGUACAUAUUAUCUGACUACAUCACUUAACCUUUCCUCGACUUGGUCCACUUUCCAACUUCGAAGCAACUGGAAAUUCAUAGGAGGAAACUGGCUGCUGCCAAGUGAACCAUUCACAGUUCUUGCGGUCUGUGUCACCACGACGCAUAGCUACAUUUUUGGGAAUGUGCACGUUAGGCCUCAUUAGGUAAAAGACUCUCUUGGAGGCGUUACAUGGAGUCGGUAGCUUUCGGGCCUUGCUCCGCUCAUUUUAAAUUUACUUACCACCCCUUUAAUAUCUUUAUCAAAGUGUUUAUAACACUUUUAUAUGUUUGAAUUUGAAUUUUAAUCGACUGAAAUGGCUUAUAGAGAAGAAAGGCAUUAGCUGAAGGCGAGGAAACUGGCAAUGGAAAUGGGAAGAAAGAAGAUGUCUUUGAACAGCCUAAAGAGUUUCAACUUACUUUACAGGCUAUCUCGAAUCUUUUGGAUGAAAAACUUGAUAAAAGGUUUACUACCUUGGAAGUAUGGUUAAAGGAGAGCUAAGGUGGAUUGGCAACACUUGAAAAGAAGAAUGAAAAACAGCAGUGACAAAUUUCAGUGCCUUAUAAGCUGGAAAACAGAGAGAUCACAAAUUGAAUUCUUUGGAAAAGAAACGAACUUCGACCACACAUACAUUGGAGCAGAAUAAAGUCAGGUUUACUGAUUUGGAGAGUCGAAGCCACAGACUGAAUUUGCGAAUAAUAGACUCAGUGAGGAUGUUGAGAGCCGGGAUCUUACUCAGUUUUUUUCUCAAUUCUUAAUGGAGGUCUUUGGCUUGGAGGUUCUUUCUUCUCUUCCUGCGCUCGACCGCACACAUCGGGCGCUGAAACCAAAACCGUCGAAAGGGUUAAAACCGCGUCAUGUAAUUCUACGAUGUCACAAUGUGAAUACUAAGGAGCUCUUCAUUCCGCUUGCUCGUCAGAAAGGAGUUACUGAGCAUCAGCAUCUUAAGUUUCAUUUUGUUGAAGAUUGUUGUCCUGAGGUUAUGCAAGAAAGAUCGCGUUUUAAAAUGGUGAUGUCAGAAUUAUAUCAGAGGAUUCUUCAUCUGGCUUUCACCUAAGGGUUGUUCUGCCUCAUAGAUCAUUUAAAUGGUUUAAAUCCAUGGAUGAAGCAAAACAAUUUCUCGAAGAUCUAAGCUUGAAUGCAGAUGUCUAAUAUUUUGAAGAUCAAUAUUUGUGUUUGGAUGUCUAUAAAAUUUACCAUUCCUUUAUGUCUGUGUAUAUCUGGUUUAUUAGUUAAUAACCAAAUUUAUUAGUUAAUAAAUUUGGACAAUUUAGAACUUUGCCCUUGGGUUGAUUACAGUCGUACUGUGUUCUGAUGUACGGAUGUUUAUUAUGUUUCCAAGUUAAAGUUCCUUUCUUUUACAUUCAUUGUUUUACUUUUUUAUUUUUAAUUGUUUGCUUUUGAAAAUUAUUAAGACUCUGAUUUGCUGAUUUUUUUUUCUUGAAGUAUUAUUAAGAUUGUAUUUUGUGUCAUUUUUAAAGACCUUGUCAUUUAAAAUGGUCUGCAAUAGGCUGUUUUCUCUGAAAUGUGUUUGACAUUCCUCAUAAUUUUUUGACUAUGGAUGGUUUGUUUAUUUUUUUGUAAUUUGGAGAUUUUUCCUCGUGGGAGAUGGGGGUAGAGAGGUUCUUAGAUAGUUCUCUGGCUCUCUAUUGGCCAGGUUUUUGGUCUUUGUGGGUGGGGGAUAGGGCUAUUAGUCUAGUAUUUUUCUUUUGGGCUGAAUUGAAUCUACAAAAAUGUCUCUGUUGUCAUAUCUUCUGGUUCCUCUUUAAACUUUCCCUCUUCUUGAUUCAUGAGUUUCCUAUGCAAUAUGAUUAACAGUUUACAUACUACAUUGUUUAUUUAAGGACAAUUGAUGUCAUUAAUUAUUUUGGAAUUAUUAAUUUUGUUUCAUGGAAUAAAAAUGGUUUGAAUCAUCCAAUUAAAUGCAAGAAGAUUUUUAGAGUUUUUCAUAGACUGAAUGCUCAGAUUAUGUUUGUGUAGGAGGCUCGUGUGAGGAAGAAGGAUAAUCAGUACUUCUUUAGGUUUUGGAAAGGCCAACAGUUUCACUCAUUGACUAAGGUGAAAGGUGUUUCUUUUUUCUAGACUCCUGAAACUCAUUUCUUCACUAUGAUACAAUUUCAGACCCAUAUUGUAGAUCUCUAUUAGACACUGGUUAACUUUAUAAAGAUAAAUUAGUUUUGGUUAAUAUUUAUGCACUGAAUACUGACUAUCCUGAAUUCUUUAAGCACGUUUUUGUAUUUUUUCUCAAUUUAAAUGAAUAUGUGGUAAUAUUGGGUGGAGAUUUUAAUUGUUGUCUGAAUCCUAUGAUGAAUGGUGGUUCAACUCUAUUUUACUUCAGGGCAUAAGUUUUGUUAAUUUCAUUAAAGAACAGAUCGCCUUUUUUCUUUUCCACUAACUCAAUGGAAGAAAUUUUCAGUGGGAUAUUAUGCAAUACCUUUAAAACAUAUAUCUGAGGGCAAAUUAUCUCAUACUCUGCUGGUUUGAAAAAACAAAUUCUUAAUGAAAUAUGUACAUUGGUUAAUAAUAUUAAAGAAAUUGAUAGAAAAUAUUCUUUUGCUCCCAUUUUAAAUCUUUAUAAAGAGAGAAUUGAACUUCAGAUGCAACAUCAUUUGUUAUUAGCAUCCCCGAUUGAAGAUCAGUUACUUAAAACUAAGAGUCGAUUUUAUAAAUAUGGUAAUAAAUCAGGAAAAUUAUUGGGUGACCAAUUAAAAGUGAUUUGGCAAAACUUCAGAUUAAUAGGGUUUGCAAACGGGAAGGUAUUUUGAUGGUUGACCAUGGUGAAGUUAACAAAUCUUUUCAAGAAUUUUAUAACAAUUAGAAUUUCCUGAUGAUUCUACCAUAAUGCAUGAAUUUUAAAAGAAAUUAAGUAUUCUGAAAUUAUCAGUUAAUGAACGUUUAGUAUUAGUCACACCCAUUACUGAAGGGGAAGUAAGCAAUUUAGUCAAUGAAUUCUGGUAAAGCACCUGGUCUGGAUGGUAUACUGCUGAAUUUUUCAAAUCUUUUUCUGAUUUACUUUCUCCUGGUUAGGUAAAAAUUUUAAAGAUGCUUCAUUUAUAGGUAAAUUACCACAAUCCUUUUAUGAAGCAUCUAUUUCUUUAAUUCCUAAAAAUGAUAAAGAUCUCACUGAAUGUGCAUCAUACAGACCUCGAUCUUUGUUGAAUGUGGAAUCUAAAAUCCUUUCUAAAAUAUUAGCAAUUAGAUUGAAGAAGGUAUUGCCAAAAAAUUGUCUCUGAGGAUCAGACAGGAUUUAUUAAAAAUCAUUAUUCACAUUUUAAUGUUUGGAGAUUAAUGAACAUUGUAUACACUAUUUUAUCUAAGACUCCAAAAUGUUAUCUUGCUCGAAAACGAGAAGGCGUUUUAUACACUUGAAUGGGAUUUUUUUUUACUAUAUUUGAUAAAUCUAAUUUUAGCCCAAAAUUUAUAUUUUGGAUCCAAUUGAUAUAUCAUAUACUUUUGGCGUCUGUUUCACUAAUAAUCAGAGAUCCCCUUUCUUCAGGCUUUUCCAAGGUACUAGACAAGGCUGUCCUUUGAGCCUCUUACUAUCAGCCCUUGGCAUCCCUAUUCGUGAUUCACCCAACUUAUUUGGUGUUACUCAUGGGAAUGGGACGCAUAAAGUAUCGCAAUAUGCAGUUGAACUGUCACUAUAUAUUUCUCUUUUCUUUUUCAAUCUUUUUAUUGAGUUUCAUAUAAAUAUAAAAAAACAACAUAAUAAUGAAUAGGUUAUGAAUACAAUAGACUUAAGAUUACAUUAAUAAUAGGAUAAUAAUAUCCUAUUAAACAUCAACAACAAAAAAGUACAUUAAUCAAUCAAGUCUAUAUAAUUACAUAUGAAAAGAAACAAAACUAAAAAUGUGUGAAAGAAAAUAUAUAAACACUAAACUAAAACUAACAUGGGCAAUAAUAACAGUUUAUAAGUAUAUGAUAGUGUCAAAGAACUCCGGAACUCCAUACCUGAACAAGAAUAAACAAAGAGAAGGUCUGGGAAAGGCCAAAUUAAUUCACAUGAAAAUGUCGGAUGAACGGUCCCCAAGUUUCUUCAAAUUUAAUUGACGAG